GGCGCCAUUUUGGCCCCAGAGGUGCUUCUGGGAAGUUGCGCGCGGGCCUCCACUUUGCCGGCCUGUGAGGUACGGCCCUUUCGGGUAGCUGGCGUGUCGGGGUCGGGGCGUCUGCGCCGGCCGCGGCCGACUUCUCCGGACCCUCGGACGAGGCCGAGGCGCGGCGCCGCCGAGGGAGGUCACUCGGCCAGGAAGGACGUGACGGGGGCGGCGCGUGUCGCGGACACUCCCCGCCGAGAGCCCGCCCGCCAUGGACUCGGAGUACUACAGCGGGGACCAGUCAGAUGAUGGUGGUGCUACCCCAGUGCAGGACGAGCGGGAUUCGGGGUCAGAUGGUGAGGAGGAUGUGAAUGGGCAGCACUCCGGAUCCGACACUGGAAGUGGAGAACAGCAUUCAGAGAAUGAAACUAGCGAUCGAGAAGAUGGCUUGAACAAGACACUUAAUGGAACAGACUCUGAGAACGAUGAGCCCUCCAAUCUUAAUGCCAGUGAUUCUGAAAGUGAGGAACUUCACAGGGCAAAGGACAGUGACUCUGAAUAUGAGGGGCAUGCAGAGUCUCCUGCCAGUGAUUCUGAAAAUGAAGACGUCAACCAGCAUGGGAGCGACUCUGAAAAUGAAGAGCUUCUUAAUGGACAUGCAAGUGACUCAGAAAAGGAAGAGGUUAGAAAGCAUGCUGCCAGUGACUCUGAAGCUGAGGACACUCUACAGCCUCAGGUCAGUGAGUCGGACAGCGAAGAUCCCCCAAGGCCCCAGGCCAGUGACUCAGAAAAUGAGGAGCCUCCCAAACCUCGUAUAAGUGACUCGGAAAGCGAGGAGCUCCCCAAACCUCGGAUCAGUGACUCGGAAAGUGAGGAGCCCCCAAGGCCACAGGCCAGUGACUCGGAAAGUGAGGAGCUCCCCAAACCCCGAGUCAGCGACUCGGAAAGUGAGGAGCCUCCAAGGCCACAGGCCAGUGACUCAGAAAGUGAAGAGCUCCCCAAACCCCGAGUCAGCGACUCAGAAAGUGAGGAGCCUCAGAAAGGACCUGCUAGUGAUUCGGAAGCCGAGGAUGCCUCCAGACCCAAACACAAGCCAGAGUCAGACGACAGUGAUGCAGAGAAUAAGAGGGAAGAUUCGGAAAUGCAGAAUGAGUCAGAGGGCCAUGCAGACAGAAAAAGACUCCACAGCUCUGACAGUGAGGAGGAGGAAGAACCGAAAAGGCAGAAACUGGAUAGUGAUGAAGAUGAAGAAAAGGAGGGGGAUGAGGAGAAAGUAGCAAAGCGGAAGGCUACUGUGCUUUCUGAUAGUGACGAUGAAGAAAAAGCAUCAGCAAAGAAGAGUCGAGUUGUCUCUGAUCCUGACGAUUCUGAUAGUGAUGUUGUAUCAGACAAGUCAAGUAAAAGAGAGAAGACAGCAGCAUCUGACAGUGAAGAAGAAGGAGGGAAAGAAGAAUCAUCUGGAAAGAAAAAUGAAGAGAAGGACCUAUUUGGGAGUGACAGUGAAUCAGGCAAUGAAGAAGAAAAUCUUAUUGCAGAUAUAUUUGGAGAAUCUGGUGAUGAAGAGGAAGAGGAAUUUACAGGUUUUAACCAAGAGGAUUUGGAGGAAGAGAAGAAUGAAACACAGCUGAAAGAAGCUGAAGACUCGGACUCUGAUGAUAACAUCAAAAGAGGAAAGCAUAUGGACUUUCUGUCGGAUUUUGAGAUGAUGUUACAACGAAAAAAGAACAUGUGUGGCAAACGUAGGCGAAAUCGAGAUGGGAGCACUUUUAUUAGUGAUGCAGAUGACGUUGUGAGUGCCAUGAUUGUAAAGAUGAAUGAAGCUGCUGAGGAAGACAGGCAAUUGAAUAAUCAAAAGAAGCCAGCACUGAAAAAACUAACCUUAUUGCCUACUGUGGUUAUGCACCUUAAAAAGCAGGACCUUAAAGAAACAUUUAUUGACAGUGGUGUGAUGUCUGCCAUCAAAGAAUGGCUUUCACCUUUACCAGAUAGGAGUUUGCCUGCACUGAAGAUUCGGGAAGAAUUGUUGAAGAUUCUGCAAGAGCUACCUAGUGUAAGCCAGGAGACCCUGAAGCAUAGUGGGAUUGGACGAGCAGUGAUGUAUCUGUAUAAACACCCCAAGGAAUCAAGGUCCAACAAGGAUAUGGCAGGGAAAUUAAUCAAUGAGUGGUCUCGGCCUAUAUUUGGACUUACCUCCAACUAUAAAGGAAUGACAAGAGAAGAAAGGGAGCAGAGAGAUCUAGAACAAAUGCCUCAGCGGCGAAGAAUGAGCAGCACUGGUGGUCAGACACCGCGAAGAGACUUGGAGAAGGUGCUGACAGGAGAGGAAAAGGCUCUUAGACCUGGAGAUCCUGGCUUCUGCGCCCGUGCUAGAGUCCCAAUGCCAUCAAACAAGGACUAUGUCGUCAGACCCAAGUGGAAUGUAGAAAUGGAGUCAUCCAGGUUUCAGGCAUCCUCCAAGAAAGGUAUCAGUCGACUGGAUAAACAGAUGAGAAAGUUCACAGAUAUCAGGAAAAAAAGCAGAUCUGCUCAUGCAGUGAAAAUCAGCAUCGAGGGCAAUAAAAUGCCAUUGUGACCUUGCCUGGGACGUGUCCCCAUCUCUAAAAAAUGCACAAUGGACUAUCGAGAAAGAAGAUACUUUUAAAUGUUUUAAUGUGUCUCUAAUGGUUCGACUUGUAUCACCUGUUGCAGGACUAACAUUUCUCUCCGUUGUAUUUAAGACCAGUUGUCUGCUUUGUACAGAAGAGUACCUACUCUUGCUUCUAUAAACUGUAUGUAAUAAAAUUUUGUUCUGGUUUUGGGGGGUUGUCUCAUCAUUGUCUUAGAGAUUAUUCUCUGUGAAGACAAAAACAGUUCUUUUUACUACUUCAUGUCAUAUAAUGAGGAAUUUGGACCUUUUCCCUGGCUCCCAACAAGGAAUAUCUCAAACCCUUAGGAUUCUUGAAGUAUCUUUAUUAUACUCUUGAUUUGGCUCAUCGCAGGCUCUAGGGUGAGAGGCUGGUCACCAGAAAUACGUUUGGGCUAAUCACAUUGCCUGUUUAAUUAAUAAAUCACAUGUUGGUAGUGAGGCCCUGGUAAAGAACUCGGGACAAGACAGGUGCCAUGUAUGGCAAGACUCUUAAAUGCUCUGGACACUGCAAACCAUGUUGAUGUGCCAGGAGAACAAGGGCACAGAAGCUCUGCAUUACUACCCUAGACCACUUCUGAAGUUUCAUUGGCCUGUUUGGCCCCAUUUGUAUCUUUUCUAAUAUGACUAUUCAUAACUAUAAUGUUUUACUGAAAGACAGUAUUUUUCUCAGUUCUGUGAGUCAUUCAGCAAACUUUUAAACCAAGAAGUUCUUGAGAACUCUCCACUUUACAGCCAACCUGGAAUGUUGAUGGUCUGAAGAUUGAGCACUUGCAGUCCAUGUCUGAAGUCAGGACAGUCUUAUGGAGGAAGCUUGAUUCCUUAGAACUGCUGAUUCUUACACUCACUCUGAGCAUUUGGAAUCAGAAUUGAAUUAUAUACUACUGUGUAUGCCUAUAAUCUCAGCCCUCAGCAAGUGAAGAUAGGAGUAUUGGGAGUUCUCCAACUCUCUGAUACUUAGCAAGACCCUAUUCAAAUAAAUAUUAUGGUAUCCCAGUUGGGGUUGAAAUGCAACAAACUUUUUGUUUCUCUUGUUAGGGAUUUUUUUUUUUUUAAAUCUGGGGAAUUAAUCUGUAGAAAGAAAAGAUUCAGAAACUCUUAAGAGAAAUACAGAUUACUUGAAAGUCACUUGCUUACAUAUAACAGUUGGACAAAUAGAAAAGAGAAACACAGUUUAUAGUUUCUUGUUCAAUUUUGAGAAUUCUUGAAAAUCCUCAGAGUUUCUGUAGAUUAAGAAAGUUUUAUCAGUUAAUCAUUAAUUACAAAAAUCCUUUUCUACUACAAACUGAGACCUUGAUUUUUAAAAAUAGAGUAUUUGCCACAGUGGACUUUGGACAGUUAAAGGAACAUGGACCUUAUGGACUAAAACACUCUGUAAGAAACUCUAAAGCCGGGUGUGGUGGCGCACACCUUUAAUCCCAGCACUGGGAGGCAGAGGCAGGCGGAUCUCUGUGAGUUCAAGGCCAGCCUGGUCUACAAAGAGAGUUCCAGGACAGCCAGGACUAUACAGAGAAACCCUGUCUUGAAACCCCACCACCAAUAAAAAGAGGGGCUGGAAGAAAGGACUCAGUGGUAAAGAGCACUUGCCAUUCUUGAAGAGAACCCAUUCUCAACACCCUUGUUGGGCAGCUCACAAUUGCCUGUAAUUCCAGUACUAGGGGAUCUAACACCCUCUCCUGGCUUCUGCACCUUCACACACAUGACUCAGCCUUUAAAGACUAGACUCACAACCAAAAAAAAAGUAAAAAUAAAUCUUAAAACCAGGCACGUGGAUCUCUAAGUUCAAGGCCAGUGUGGUUUACAGAGAGAGUGCCAGGGCUGCACAGAGAGACCUUGUCUUGAAAAAUUAAAAUGUGAAAAAAGCCUGUGAAAGCCCUGCACACAGAGCAGGUGGAUUGUGAAGCAGGAAGACCUCACAGCAGCUCAGCACUAGGUGGAAGCAGACCACCCCUUCCAUUGUUUGAUUCCACCAACUAAAGGCGAUAAAGAGCUUAUAAUCAACCACAAAACAGUUAUGAACAUGAAAAGCAAGUUUUUAAGAAUUGUUCGGAUUUUGGUGUCUUGGGGUGAGCUCCACUUAGCACUGUGUUAUGCAAGGUAAAUAUAGCAAGCACGUGAUAAAACUAUAUCCUGGAGUUCAAGGGGAUGGGAGGGUCUACACUAUUUAAAGAGAAAAUAGUAAGUUUCUUUAUAAAUUAUCUUUGUUGUGUAUCUUUAUAGGGGCAUCCCAAGCCUGACCCAUCGCCUUUUUAAUUCCUAGUUACUGACUCUUGGAAUACUGAAAUUAGCUCCCAUAUACUCUUCAACAUUUUCAAUCAUGCUACUUUUGAAUAUAUAUAUAUAUAUAUAUAUAUAUAUAUAUAUAUAUAUAUAUAUAUGAUUUGUAUUGCAGCCCAUGUGUGUAGCUUUAUGGGUAAGCUGUUCUCUUAAAUCCACAUAUCUAAGCAUAUUUCUCUUAAGAUAGUUUUAGUGGAUGAAUAAUGUAGCUGUGUUAGUAGAGUGCAGGCUUGGCGUGCAUUAAGCUUGGGUUCCAUCCCUAGCACCACAGACACCUGGCCUUUAUCAUUUAUCAGCCUGACCUGGCUACAUAGUAUAAAGCCAGCUUGGGCCACUUGAGACAGUUUGUUUCAGGGUUGGCCAUGUUAACUUUGACCUCUUGUAUGGAAUGUUGCAUAGUCACUCAGGUUUUUUUGUAAAAUAUUUCCAUUUUGGCAAAAAAAAAAUUGUAUCUUCACUUUUAACUGUACAGUUUAGGUGCAUUGACUGAGUUCACAAUGUUGUGAAAACCUUUUCUAGACAUCAUCUUAUAAAGAAAAUUUAGCCGUAGGCUGGACAUGGUAGUGCACACCUUUAAUCCCAGUGUUACGGAGGCAAAGGCAGAAGGAUCUCUUGAGUUCAAAGCCAUUUUAGUGAGCUUCAGGACAGUUAAGACUGCAUAGACCCUGCCUAAGAACAAACAAAACCCUUAACUCCUUCCACCAGCUCUUGAUAACUUCAUUCUGCUUUAGACUAUUCCAGGAACCCACUUUUAAAUUUAUUGUGGGUGGGGGCACAUAUACCAUGGUACGCAUAUAGAAAAUCAUAAUUUUAUGGAGUUCUUGCCUUCUACUUUUAUAUGGAUUCUAGGGAUGAAACAGGUUUUAAGACUUGUGGCAACCACUUUGACCACUGUACAUAUCAUCAGCCUGUUUAUAUGUAUGGGUAUAAAUGCCUUAUCAGAUGCAUGAUUUAUGAAUAGCCUCACAUUCUUUUAACUCUAUUGAUCGUAUUCUUUGGUACAAAAGUAAUUUUAAUUUUGAUGUAGCUUAUUUCCUGUGCUGUUGGUAUUACCAAAUGAGUUACAUAGCUUUAUGUAAGGGCUAUGUGAAAAAAAAAAAACCUAUAAUCCAUUUUUGAGAUAAUUGUGUUAUAAAAAGGUCUGCUUUUAUUAUGGAUAUCCUUACAUCAUUUGUUGAAGACUAUCCCUCAUUGAUGGUCUUGGAUCCCUUCUCAGAAUUGAUUUGACUGUGUAUGAGGAUUUAUUUCCAUAUUUUGCUUCAUUCCUUGGUUUUAUCCUUUCUAAAUCCUUGAUGCUGUUUUGACUACUGGAGCUUUAUAUUUAUAGUAAAUUCUGAAGUAAUAUGAUCUAUACAGUUCUCAGUAUUGUUUUGGUUGUCUGAGGUUCCUUGAAAUUAAGGGGAAAAUUGUAUAUGAAUAUGUGUAGUUGCAUGUGGAAGUCACAGGACAACUUUUGGGAGUUGUUCUUCCGCCUGCGUUCUGUAGUCAUCAGAUUUGCACUGCACUUUUACCCAAAGAACCGUCUUUCUAGUCCCCUCCACUUUUCUAUUCAAUUUUAUUCUGGCUUUCUGGGGUUCCUUAAGGUUUUAUGUGAAUUCUGGGAUAAUUUUUCUGUUUGUAGCCAUCAAUGGAUUUUUGACUGAUUGUGUUAAAUCUGCCAUUUGAGGUAGGACUGAGUUUUAACAGUUAUAAGUAUUCUGGUCCUUAAGCAGAAAAUGCCUUUCCAUUUAGAGUCCUUGGUUGAAUUAUUCCUAAAUGUUUUUAAUUCUUUGUGAUGUUAUUAUAAAUUGAAUUAUUUUCUUAAUUUCCAUUUAAAGAUCAUUGUUCAUUAGCAUGAACUCCUUUCUUUUUAGAUACCUCUCACUUCCUCUUCUUGCCUUAUUGUUAGAAUUCUAGUAGUCUGUUGAAUACUAGUGAUGAAAAUGGGCAUUUGUCUUUUUGGGUUUAAAUAUUUAUUAUUUCAUGUACAUAUGAGUGUACCACAUGUGUGCCUGGUGCCCGUAGAGACCAUUAGAGGGCAUUGGAUCCCUUGGUACUAGAGUUAAUAAGAUGGUUGUCAACUUCCAUGUAGGUGCUGGGACCUAAACCUGGGAUUCUCUGCAAGAGCAGCCAGUGUGCUUAACCACUGAGCCAUCUCUCCAACCCCACAAAAUCCUUUAAUGUUUUGUUGAAUUCUGUUUGCUAGUACUUUUUUAAUUUUACAUUUUUUUCUGUGUAUGAUUGUGUAUCAGAGGAUAACUUAAGUCAGUUUUCAUUCUAGCAUCUGGGUUCUGAAGAUCAAACUCAGGUUGCCAGGCUUGGCAGCUGAGUUCUCUCAUUGGCCCAUGUUGGGCUUUUUGUUGCUUGUUAUGGUUUGGUUUGGUUUUGAAGAAUUUUUGUAACACUGUGACCUGUAGUUUUAUUAUCCUGCCUGUUUGGUCUUGAUUUCAGGGUAAUGCUGGCUUCAUAUUUUGUUUUUUUGUUUGUUUGUUUGUUUGUUUGUUUUUGUUUUUCGAGACAGGGUUUCUCUGUGGCUUUGGAGCCUGUCCUGGAACUAGCUCUGUAGACCAGGUUGGUCUCGAACUCACAGAGAUCCGCCUGCCUCUGCCUCCCGAGUGCUGGGCAGCUUCAUAUUUUGGAAGUGCGUCCUCCUUUAUAAGUUUCCAGAGUAAUUUGUCAAAAUUAAUUUUAAUUUGGCCAGGCGUGGUGCAUGCCUUUAAUCUCAACACUUGGGAGGCAGAGGCAGGAGGAUCUCUGAGUUCAAGGUCAACCUGGUCACCUAAAGCUCUACAGUGAGAACCUGUCUCAAUUAGAAAAAAGAAAAUACUGUUCUUUAGAUGGUUGGUAGAAUGUACUGUUAUAGCCACAUGGUCCUGGGGUUUUCUUUGCUGGGAAGGUUUUAAUAGUAGACGUAAUUAGAGGACUGCCUAUUUAGAUUUAUAUUUCGUCUGAAUCAAAGUUGGUGGUUUUUCUCUUUUAUCUAUUAUCAAGUGGAUAUAUUGAUGAGAUACAGUUUAUAAUGUUUUACACUUUUCAUUCUGGAAAACCUGCCAUGAUAUUCCCACUCCUUUUAAAGGUAUAUCACUGUCUGUAUGUGUAUUCACAUGUGUACAAGUGUGUGCACAUAUAUGUGCAGGGGGCAGGGGGCUGAAGUUAACAUGAGGUCUCUUCUUUUAUCUCAACUUUAUUGAAUACAGAGCCCCUAACUGGUAAACCAGUUAGUCACAUUGCCCAAAGGAUCCCCUCCCCAUUCUCUGCUUCUCAAAUCCUGGGAUUAUAGAGAGCUAGUUACAUACCUGCCUGGCUUUUUCUGGGCAUCUGAACUCACUUCAUCUACUAAACAAACCAUCUCUCCAGCCCAGUGUCCCCAUUUUGGUUUCUAAUUUUAGUUAGUUGAGCUUUUUUCCCACUUUCAUAGCCAGUCUAGCUAAAAGUUUGUCAGUUUUGAGAUUUAAAAGACCAAUUCUUGAUUGUUUUAUUUUUCCACUCCUCUGAUCAGUUUUCCUGCUUGCUCUUUUCCUUGUUCCUUGAAGAGUAAAGUUUGGCUUUGAGACCCGUGCUGCAUAGCUGUUUCAGCCUUGCUUCUGUUGUAUUCCAACACUUCUGGUAUUUUGUGGUGGUUUUUGUUUUGUUUUGUUUUUGUUUGUUUCAAGGAGUGUUUUAAUUUCCUUUGUGAUUUCUUCUUUCAACCAUCAGUUGUUUAAAAAUACAUUAUUUAGCUGGGCAGUGGUGGCACACGCCUUUAAUUGCAGCACUAGGGAGGCAGAGGCAGGCAGAUUUCUGUGUUUGUGGCCAGCCUGAUCUACAGAGUGAGUUCCAGGACAGCCAGGGCUACACAGAGAAACUUUGUCUUGGGGGAGGGGUCCUAUUUAUUUUACACAUAUUUGUGGGUUUUGUAGUUUUCCUUAAUGUGUUAAGACUCUGUGGCACUGAUGUAUCUGGGAAAGUGUUCCAUAUGUCUUUGAGAAAAAUGUAUUUUCUGCUUAUUGAGUAAUAUGUUCUGUAUAUACGUUUUGAGGUCCAAAUAUUCUGUGGUGGUUUUCAAGUGAUGCUUUUCCUUGUUGAUCUGCUGUACUUACUAUUCUAUCUGUACCCUUUGAACAGUCUUGUUUCUCCCAUUCGUCAUAUACUUAGCAAUUUUAGUUGGCAUAUCUUUGUUGAUAAUUGCUGUGUCUAAUUGGUGAUAUAAAUAUCCUUAUUUCAUUAUGUAAUUGCCUUUGUCUCUUAAAACAGGUUUGAAUGAAGUCCUUUUUUUCUGUUUUCUCUGUGCUACUUUCCUCUUUGGGUUACUGCAGUUGAGCUGGACAUGUUUUUCAUUCUAUCAGUGUAGUGAGUUUACUUCUAAAAAGUGGUUCUCUUGUAUAAAAUAUAUAAUUGACCUUAGGUUUUAAAUUUAUUCUUCCAAGCUGUAUCUUCUAUGUGGUAAUUAAAUCCAUUGGCAAAGUAACUACUAUAACUGUUAAAGGAAAGGCUCACUGUUGCCAUUUUGUUUUUCUCUGUCUUCCAGUUUUUUGUCCUUCAUUUCUUCUUUUACUGUUUUUUUUUUUUUGGUGUAGUUUAAAUGUCUUGUUUGAUUUACUUUCAUUUCUUUUGUAUACAUUGUAUAUGUGAUUUUUAUGAGGUUUACGUGAAACAUCCUAAAGUUACAGCAGUCUAUUUUAAACUAAUAGCUUCAAUCACAUGCAAAGCUUCUUCUCUUUAUAGUUCUAGCCCUCUUUUUUACAUUAUCAAUGUCACAAAUAGCAUAUAAUGUGUGUCCAAUAACAAGUUUAUAACUUUUUAUGCUUUUCUAUUUUAAAUACUGUUGAAGAAUAAAAGGAAUUGUGAACCAAAAUUACAAUGAUGGCAGUUUUUCUAUUUGUGUGUUUAUUAUUAUAGGAAAACUUAUAUUCUUAUAUGGCUUUGAGUUUAUGCUUAGUAUCUUUUCUUUACAACUUGAAGAAUUCCCUUCUGCAUUUCCUAUAAGAUAGGUCUGGGUAAUGAACUUAACUACCUCUGCUUUCUUCAUUUAUUUCUCCCUCAUUAAAAAAUAUAUUAUUUCAUAUAUGUGUGAUGUAUGUAUGCAAGGGCACUGCAUAGCACAUAUAUAAGUCAGC